GAUCUUACUGCAAAAGGGAGAAACAGCUCCUAAAUUGGUUUGGAGCUUUUAUUGUUUUUUUUUGUUGUUGCAAAUGUUGAAGCUUAAAAAGAUCUCCCACUGAUGGUGAGCCUCAGUUACGAUACGAUCGCGGACGGUUCACCAUGGCGCACGUACGGUUGGUGACAUUUCUUGCUGUGUGUUUUAUAGCCGUAGCCAUGAAUCUCUGUUCGGUUUCGGCAAGACCACAGUUCUUCUUUCCAGGAGGCAUUGGUGCACAAACCCCAGUAGGAGGAGUGUCUCUAGGUUUGCCAAUGGGGUUAUCCUUUAACUUAGGUCAACAACCUGUCCAACAGGUUCCAAUUAGGGGAGGAAUACCACAACAGCAACAACAGCAACAACAAAUUCCACAACAGCAACAACAAUAUCCACAACAGCAACAACAAUAUCCACAACAGCAACAACAAUAUCCACAACAGCAGCAACAGCAACAACAAUACCAGCCAAAUGUCGAACAUCCCAAAAGUACCACUACCAGCGAAGGGUUAGGAUCGCGUUUUGGUGGUGAUCCCGAGCCUGAGGAGGAAGAUGCCGGUUUUGCGACACCGGAUGAAAAUCCGUGUCAAAAUAUGGGUACUGGCAUGGGUAACGAAACCGGUGGUAGUGACGAUGGUGGUAAUGCGACGGAACAACCAUGCCAAGGAAUUGGAGGAGGCAAUCGAAUUAAUCCGAAACAGGCGGCAUUACUUUCACUGGUUGGAUAGAGUGUCACGAAAACAAACACAAAAAAAAAGAUAACACGACUUUCGUUACGACUUUAGUGAAACAUACAUUUUUAAAACCCGCGUUUUAAAAUGGAUAUUAAAAUAAAACACAUACUGAGUGAUUGUGAACAGA